AUGAAUCAACAAAUACGACCAGAAGAUAUUAUAAAGCAAUUAGAUCAAGCACGUGAAGUAGCUUUUACUACUCCCAAAGAUUAUCCUGCUAUCUUUAGACAAGUUUUAUUAUUUACCAAUAAUCCAAAUAGUUCAAUUCAAUUAUGGUGUGUUAAAUUUAUUUAUGAUUCAUUCAUAAAUAAUACUGUAUUAAAUCAAUCAGAUAAAGUGGAUUUAGCUAUUGAUUCAUUAGAUUCUUUAUUUACUUUAUCCAAUAUUAAAGAUUUAGAUGUAUUUCUACAAAUUAUCGAUAUUUCAACUGUUAUUUUUAAAUUGGUAUUUACUUAUGUGGCAGAAAAUGAUGGAUGUAAUCAAGUAUGGAGUAAAUUAACUGAAUUAAAAAAUAGUUUAAUUAAUAAAUUCCAAUCUAAUUUUCCCUUAGAUCCUUCUGAUAAUGCAGAACAUGAUUUAUCAAGAAAUGUUAUAACUAAAAUUCAAUUAAUUAAAUUUAUAAUGACAGUAAUUGAUUAUCAAUCAAAAUCAACUGUGAUAACUUCAAAUAAUAAUACUCCACCACCUCUGACAACUUUCUCAUUAAAUUCAGUAAGUCCAACUCAUUCAUUAAUUAAAUAUAGUAAUAUGGAAUAUGAAUCAACUGCAUUAUUAGAAUUGGUUUUAAAAACUUUUAGUUAUGAUAUAUUAAUUGCUCCUUUAAUUUCAGCAGUUUUAAAUCAUUCUAUUAUAAUAAUGAGAAGAAAACCUCAAUAUACUUCAAAAAUUUUAAAUGUCAUUGAAACUUUUGAUACUUCUAGUAAAUUACAAUCAAAUUAUCAAUCAAUUGAACAAUUUAAAUUAUCAAGGAAAUAUGUAGAUAGAAUUUUUAAAAUUUUUAUUCAUCAUUGUUUAAGACAUAAUUUAGUUCCAUCAAAUUAUCAAGCAUCUUUAACAAAAAAAUCUUCAAAUUUAAUUGAAAAGGGUAAUGAAAUUAGAAAGAAGAAUAUAUUUGCAAUUGAUGAGCCAAAUAUUAAAAAGAGAAAAUUUGAAGGAUUUUAUAAUCCUUCUAAGAAAAUCAAAGUAAUGGAUUAUUCAUCAUUAUAUUCUUUAAAUGAAAGUGAUAAUCCACUAAAUGGUUUUAAUAUUUCUACUUUACCACAAUAUAUUUUAAAUAAUAUGGUUGUUAAUGCUUUACAAAGAUCAUCAGUUAAUAAAUUAUCAAAAGCAUUGGAUAUCAUUUCAGAAAGAUAUUUAAAUGCUUUAAAUUCUACAUCAUCAUCCAAAUCAACUCCUAUACCAACAUUUGGAUCUAAUGGCCCCACCAUUGAUGAUGACGAUAAUGAUGAUGAUAAUGAUAGUUAUGAUCCUGAAACAAUCUAUACUUUACCACCACCUAAGGAUUUAUCAUUUCAAGACAAAAAGGAUCAAAUCAAUAUAAUCAUUCAAAAUUUCUUCAAGUUAGCUAAAAAUCCAAAUUCUGUCAAUAUUGAUGAUGAUGAAGAUUUAAAAGUAAAGGAAGAAGAUGAUGAAAAUACCAAAGUAAAUAAAGAAUUAACAAGAAUUGCUAUAAAAUCUUGGAAAAAGGAUAGUUGGGUACUUAUAUUAACUAGAUUAGCUACCAGAGGUAUGAGGGUUUUUGUUACGGGAAAAGAAAAUGAAGUUAAAUCACCAGAUGAAUUAGAGAAUGAAGCAUUAAGUGAUAUGAUAAGAAACUCAAUUUUCGAUUACUUUUUAGAAAGUAUUCAUACUAGAAUUGAUGUUAUUAUUAAAUGGCUUACUGAAGAAUGGUAUAGUGAAAAAGUUUUUAAUGAAGAUUUAGAAAUUAAAAAAGCUCAAAAAUUAAAUAAAGGUAAACCAAUUGAGAAAUUACCAGCUAUUCAAACUCCAAUUUAUAAUAAAUGGGCUGGUAAAGUAUUAGAUUCUAUGAUUCCAUUUUUAGAACCUAAUGAUCGUAAAAUUUUCAUAAGAUUAUUAAGUGAUUUACCUUAUCUAAAUGAAGAAUUAGUUGGAAGUAUUAAGAGAUUAUGUUUUGAUCCAGUCAAAUCUAAAAUUGGAUUUUUAUCUUUACAAUUUCUUAUCAUGUAUCGACCACCAGUAAAGCAAGCUUGUCUUAAUAUCUUAAAAGAAUUAAGUGAAUGUGAUCAAGAAGAUUUACGUGAUGAAGCUAAAAAAUUAUUAGAUAAAUAUAAGUAAUUAACUAUUAAGUUCCCCACAUAUAUAAUAUAUAAUAUAUAAUGUAUAAUGUAUAAUGUAUAAUAAAAAAUUUAUAUAAUAUCCA